AUGCUCAUAGUUUUUUGCGCCUCGCACUUCUACCCAUUCCCACCCUACUCGCUGUGUGGUAGUCAUGGCGAAGUUCGUCGCGCCGUCGCCACAUUCCAUCCGCCGCCGCCGCCGCCGCCGCCAUCCGAAAUGAGCGCCGCCAACGAGACCGAGAUCAUCACCGUCCGCAUGUCGGAUGGGACCACCGAAACGCGAACAUUGGGACAUACCAACUUCUUGGCCCUUCUAUGCGCCUUUAAAAUGACAUUCCACACGUUCUAUGCGCCUUUAAAAUGA